AUGGCGGAUGGACCAGCUCGUGUGCUGGGUAUCUAUGGCGGUACCUGUUUCCUGGUUUACAUCGAAACUGGUGGAUUCACUAAGGCAUAUUCGCCAAUGAUGUUCAGUCUACCUCUGGCGGCUCUUUCAUUCUUGUCGUUGACGUCGUCAAUGCAGGCAAAGCCCCGUUUUGUCACCGCCGCUGCAUUCGGCGUGCUCGGUAAGAGAAGCCAUACUAUGAACCUCGGUAAAAAACCUCAAAAUUCAAUGCUAAGGCAAACGCUAUAUUUGAUCCGCUUGAUCAACUUCACUUCGCUACUGGUCAUUUCACUGAUUUGACC